GAAGUAAAAGCGCGCGUGAUCUCCUAGCAUUUCCUUAGUUCGUGGUUUAGGAGGUAAAAAGUCUUGCUGGAGGGAGCGGAAGGAUACCAAAAGAGUGUGAGGGGAAACAAACUAGUGGUAGCGCUUGACGCGGAGCUUCGCGCCUGCGCAGAUUAAUCGCUUCAGAGUCUCUGGAAACGGACGUGUACUUGGAGGUCCGGCUGCUUCGUUCGGCUUCCUCCGUUAAUGGACUAAACGGAGGCGGGAAACAAGUCUUCAGUGUACAGGUAAACACCCAAAUGGAUUGAUGUCAUCAAAUCGAUAACUUUGAUAACGUUUCUAGUGGAUGGGGGGUGCUUUGAUCCUAAGCUAAUUAAGGUAAGAUUGCCUUGUUAGAGGAUGCCUCUUUUCGGGGAAAUUGUUGUGAUUAAAAGGAAUGGAACAGAUGGUACCCAUUUUCCACUUACUGCAACUACUUGUCUAUUCGGAAGAAAAUCAGAAUGUGAUAUCCGUAUUCAGCUCCCACAUGUCUCCAAAGAGCAUUGCAGAGUUGAAGUUAAAGCAAAUAAAGAGGUUUUUGUCGUCAACUUAAGUGCCGUCAACCCAACGCAGUUAAAUGGAACAGCAAUUGAGCAAACUGAGCGCCUUAAACAUGGAGAUGUGAUUACUAUAAUUGAUCGUUCUUUCAGGUUUGAACAAUCUCUGACGAAGCCUCGCAGUCAAUCCACGGGGGGAAAUUCUUUACGUAGCAAGUUCGUUGAAGAGGAGUCGCCGUCAAUCAAAGGUAAAGCGAGUAAGCUCACUCGGAAAUCAGAAGGAAAUGUCUCUAGAACCACCCACACACGCCUUUCUCUUCCAGUAUCGCCCAAUAGACGAUCUUCAAGAGGGAAGAAAGAUUUGUCACCAUUUGGUGAACUGUACGAAAUGCUUAAAAGUAAAGUUGACUUAAAACAAGAGCAUGCAAAAACACCAGCAAAGCAAAACAUGGAGAAUGGAGAUAACGUUACUCCUACCACGACUAGAAGAAGCCUUGGAACUGUUAAGGCAACACCGGAAUUGAGCAUUGGAGAAUUUGAAAGUCAGGAACUUCAUGUUGAAUCGGCAACACUGUCUGAGAAAACUGCGAGUGCAUUGAAAAGUCCAUCCAGAGGGCGUCAGUCCCCAAAACAAGAGCAACAGAGGCUUAGUAUUAAGAGAGAUUCUCCUGCCAAGUCUAAUGACAAGCUAACUCCAAGACGUAGUACUUCAAAGGAACCAGCUCAAGAGCGAACACCUGCAAAAUCUGGAGGUUCUGUUAUACCUCGGUCCAGAAACCUGUCUCCAAGAUCGGCAUCUCCCAAGGACUUGCACAAAAACGCUAAAGUCUCAAAACCACAGCAAAAACGAAGAAGUUCUGAGCUUGAAUUACCUGAGCCCACUCCAAAAAGAAAAAGGGUCUCAUUUGGAGGGCAUCUUAGUCCAGAGCUUUUUGAUAAAAGGCUUCCUCCAAACUCUCCUCUUAAAAGAGGUGCAGCACCUGCAAGGCGAAGUCUAUCACUUGCCACACCUCUAGCAGUUAUUCGAAAGAGCUUUGGUGGUUUCAAGCAAUCUGCAAUUAAGGAAGCUUUUGAGCCUGGUACUGACUUGGCACUAUUCAAGCGGUCUCCUGCCAAAGCAACCCCAGCCAAAAGGUCUCCUGCUAAGGGAUCCCCUGCCAAGGCAACCCCAGCUAAAAGGUCUCCUGCUAAGGGAUCUCCUGCCAAGCUGACCCCAGCUAAAAGGUCUCCAGCCAAAGGAUCACCUGCUAAAGCGACCCCAGCAAAAAGGUCUCCUGCCAAGGGAUCCCCUGCCAAGGCGUCGCCAGCAAAAAGGUCUCCGGCCAAGGUGUCCCCAGCAAAAAGGUCUCCGGCCAAGGCGUCCCCAGCAAAAAGGUCUCCGGCCAAGGCGUCCCCAGCAAAAAGGUCUCCGGCCAAGGCGUCCCCAGCAAAAAGGUCUCCGGCCAAGGCGUCCCCAGCAAAAAGGUCUCCGGCCAAGGCGUCCCCAGCAAAAAGGUCUCCGGCCAAGGCGUCCCCAGCAAAAAUGUCUCCGGCCAAGGCGUCCCCAGCAAAAAUGUCUCCGGCCAAGGCGUCCCCAGCAAAAAGGUCUCCGGCCAAGGCGUCCCCAGCAAAAAGGUCUCCGGCCAAGGCGUCCCCAGCAAAAAGGUCUCCGGCCAAGGCGUCCCCAGCAAAAAGGUCUCCUGCUAAAGCGACACCAGCAAAAAAGUCUCCUGCCAAGGGAUCCCCUGCCAAGGUGACCCCAUCAAAAAGGUCUCCUGCCAAGGCGUCCCCAUCAAAAAGGUCUCCGGCCAAGGCAUCCCCAGCAAAAAGGUCUCCGGCCAAGGGAUCUCCUGCUAAAGUGACCCCAGCAAAAAGGUCUCCUGCCAAGGGAUUCUCUGCCAAGGUGAUCCCAGCUAAAAGGUCUCCGGCCAAGGCGUCCCCAGCAAAAAGGUCUCCGGCCAAGGCGUCCCCAGCAAAAAGGUCUCCUGCCAAGGUGACCCCAGCAAAAAGGUCUCCUGCCAAGGGAUCCCCUGCCAAGGUGACCGCAGCAAAAAGGUCUCCUGCCAAGGCCACCCCAGCUAAAAGGUCUCCUGCCAAGGCCACCCCAGCAAAAAGGUCUCCUGCCAAGGUCACCCCAGCAAAAAGGUCUCCUGCCAAAGGAUCCCCUGCCAAGGUCACCCCAGCAAAAAGAUCCCCUGCCAAGGUCACCCCAGCAAAGAGGUCUCCUGCCAAGGUCACCCCAGCAAAGAGGUCUCCUGCCAAGGUCACCCCAGCAAAGAGGUCUCCUGCCAAGGUCACCCCAGCAAAGAGGUCUCCUGCCAAGGGAUCUCCUGCCAAGGCCACCCCGGCAAAAAGGUCUCCUGCCAAGGCCACCCCGGCAAAAAGGUCUCCUGCCAAGGCCACCCCGGCAAAAAGGUCUCCUGCCAAGGCCACCCCGGCAAAAAGGUCUCCUGCCAAGGCCACCCCGGCAAAAAGGUCUCCUGCCAAGGCCACCCCGGCAAAAAGGUCUCCUGCCAAGGCCACCCCGGCAAAAAGGUCUCCUGCCAAGGCCACCCCAGCUGCUACCCCGGUCAAGAGGUCACCUGCUACUAGUUAUACAAAAGGACGUUUUUCAAUCUCACGAAUUAAUACACCACCUCAAAUUGAUGAGAAAAAUGAACUCUCUGCACAAACCCCAAGGAAAUCAAGGAAGUCCACAUCAUUCAAGAAAACACCAGGAAGAAGGAGUAGAAAACUUGAAACUUUUGAACUCCUGCGUUCUAGGCGCAGAAGUGGGGCAACUGAAGCUAAUUUGCUUGUUGCAAAAUCAUGGGCUGACGUUGUAAGAAUUGGUGUUCCUAAAAGUCAGAAGAAAUCGGAAAAGGAUGCUCGCAAAGCGGUACCUACCAAGAGAAAACCGAAACCAAAGACUCCGGCACGAAGAGUUAUUGACCGCACUGGUACAGGACAUGCAGAUUCUCCGGCCACAAUCCUUGUUGGAAGAGCUCAUACAAGAACUGUCAACCUAACUGGAUAUAUUCCCAAAAUUGUGCAGAACAAAGCUAUUAAAAUCACUGACCAAAAUGAAAGCUUCACAGGUUUGAGUGAGCUUUUUAAUACACCUGAUCAUGUUAAACCAAGGAAAAGUGGUCGCUCAGUGAAAACUCCACAAUCUGCAAUUGUUGAUAUGUCACUCAUGAAGACUCCGGAGGAGUUGGGUGAAAUGGUUGUUUCUCCAUUAAAUGGUAGCCCUGCUAUGACGAGUAAGAAACCGUACAGUCGCGAUGCAGUGUCCCGUCUUCUAAGUCCUGUGUCCCCAGCAUCUGAAACUUCCGUAGACUCCGAACUGAUGGAAAAAGAGGCAGCCACAUUAAAUGAAAACCAAGAGGAAGCAAAGUCACAAAAGAAAAAGAGAGAAACAAUGGGUUUGACUGGUGUGAAAAGGAUUAUGAGAACACCUAAACAAAAAGGAAAGCCAGUUAUUGAUCCUGUGGCAAUAAAGAAAAUGUUGAGAACACCAAAACAAAAGGAGUCACUUCCUGUAGAAGAUAUGACUGGUAUUCAGCAUAUUAUGAAGACUCCAAAAGUAAAAGGCCAACCAGUGGAGGAUAUGGCUGGCAUAGCACGCAUUAUGAAGACCCCAAGACGCAAGGAACAACCAGUAGAAGAUAUGAUCGGCAUCAAACGCAUUAUGAGAACUCCCAAGGUGAAAGGGCAACCCGUGGAGGACAUGGUUGGAAUCAAGCGUAUAAUGAGAACACCCAAGGAAAAAGGGCAACCUGUGGAGGACAUGGAAGGUUUAAGCCAGCUUAUGAGCACCCCAUCAGAAAAUACUCACCCAAUAGAAGAAAUAUUUGGAAUGAAACGACUAAUAAAGACUCCUCCGAAGAGAACACUUGGUGGAAGAGAGGGCACAUCUGGUACACCUUCCCAUUCGGCCAAAAAGGCUACUUUGUAUGUUGAAAACAAUAGCACUUCUGCACAAGAAACAAAUCUGGAAGAAGUAGCGCCUAUGCAGGUAUAUGCCACUAAAGAUACUUCAUCCAAGGCUGCUGAUAAAGCCACUCCAGCCAAGAGGAGAGGUCGUCUAGCCAAAUGCAGUAUAAGCGAGUCACCUGCAUCUAGUAAUAAAGAUAGUGACAAGUCUGUUGAAAAGAAUAGCACAUCCGCUCUUGAAAAACAUUUGGAAGAAAGCAGCGAAGAAGCUCCUCUACCGCUACCGUCCAUUGCUUCAUCCACAAGUGCCGAUAAAGGCACUCCUGCCAAGAGAAGAGGUCGUCCAUCCAAACGCAGUUUGAGUCAUUCACCAGGUUUAGAAAAACAUGCUGUAGAUGUUUCAGAUAGCACCAGCAAUUCUAAUAUUCCAGAAGAAUCAAGUGAUAUCAGAAAAGAUCAACAGAAGAAUGUCGCCUUACCUAUGGUAAAUUCAGAGUCUGAACAGUCAAAUAAAAAUCUUGGAGCAAAAAAAGUAACUAAGAAAUCUCAGAGAAAGAAUAUGAUUAUUGAGGAAACCGUCCAAAUAGCAGCAGAGCAGCCACCACAGCCUUUGGAAAACGUGUCUGUUGAAAAUGGUGAAAAGUCUGCUCCCCAAAGGCGACGAAGACUUCAAAAGGGCUCCUCCUCCAUUGAAGUUUCAGAUGAAGUGCUACCAGAGGAACUUCCAAUUAGCAGACGAACUGGCAGAGGCAGAAAGAUUGCUGAAGUGACAAAACUGCAAGAGGUUUUGGAAGUCAGUACAAGUGUUGGAGAAUCUCAAGUGGAAGUAAGAAUUGAGGAAAGCACAUCAACUAAGAAUCAGUCUAAAUCUAGAAGACCUCAAAGAGCUGCACCUGAAGACUCUACAGUAACCACAACUAAAAAGUUACGAGGAAGGCAGCCUAAAGUGGACAGUGAACAGAAAGCUGCUGAGGAUGAAAAUACUGUGGACAAACCACUUGCAGAACUGCCAGGAGAUUCAGCUUUAGUUAACAAUGUAACACCAUCUGUGAGGAGAGGUAGGCGAGCAAGAGGCAACGCAAACUCUGUGACUGAAACAGUCGAAAUUGAAGCGAAUUUGCCUGACUUAACGAACCAUAUCGUUUUACAUGAAGAGCAAGAAAGCUCCAGUCGUACUUCCCCAGAAGCCAAACCCCAAAGAGGAAGAAGACAGAAUCUCAAAAGUGCAACUGUUGAUUCUGUAAAGAAAACGACUGAAACAGAUGCUGUAACAUUAGGAGCUGGCAAAAGAUCUACACGUGCUGUUAGAGGCACACAGCAGGUUGAGGAGCCUAAAGAACAAAAAGGAAAAGUAGACAAUCUGCCCAAGCAUGCUGAGCCAGUUCUUGUAGAGGAGAAUCUAGCUAAAAAGAAGGCGUCUAAGUCAAAAUCUGUGCAGUGGCACCCUCUUCUGGCCGUUCAGGAAACUGCUGAAAAUAGUGAAGAGACUGUUAAGAAUCUUGAAGAUGCACUGGUUAGUCCAACUAAAUCUAGAGGAAGGAGGAGGCAAGAAGUGAAAGAAGCAGUAGUUCCAGCAAAACGAUCACGUUCACGAAAGGAAGAAAAUAAUGCAGAUACAGUAAAUUCAAGUAGUGUAAAAGUUGAUGUGAUUUCUCCUGCUUUGGUUGCCAGUGAAGGAAGGAGAGGAAGGAGGCAAGCAAACAUACAAUUAGUGAAAAUUACUGUCCCAGAUCUUCCAGUGGAAGAGGAUAAAAAUAACGAAUCAGAGGUUUCCUCUAAGCAAGACCUUAAACCUGAGAUUGGCAAGGCUUUAACUAGACGAAACACAGGUAAAAGAAAUCUUAAGUCUUCAUCUGACAGUGAUUCUGGUAGUAAUGUGAUUGAACCAGUAUUUGAGGCAGUUACUCAAAAGCGUGGACGAAGAGGAGUAACAGCCAAAAUUUCUGAUUCUGAGACUACUGGAGUUAAAAUAGUUGAGUCUGCUGAAAAUGUCACUUCAAGUAAAAGAAGGGGCAGAGCAGCAAGUCAGAAAACCAACAAGCCUGAAAUUACCAACACCGCUACUGAACCUGCAGAUAAUAGUCCAGAAAAUGUAGCUGUAACUGAAAAAAUAGAAAGUCCCCCUAAAUCAAAAAGAGGCCUGAAAAGAAAGACAACUACCUCUGAUGUUUCAGAAGGCAACACGUCUAUAAUUGAAAAUGGGCCCCUUGCUCCUGUUCGAGCAAGCACGAGAGGAGCUUCACGGCAAAAAACUGCAGUAAAAGAGAAACCUGUGGUUGCUGAAGAAUCACCAGCAAAAAAACAGAAAACAGAACCAUCUUCCAGUACUGCCCAGAAAGGAGGAAAAACAAAAACCACUGCAGCAAAACGGCAAAAUGAGAAGCCCACUGAAGUUGUAAAGACAAGACAAACCUUGCGCUCACGAAAAUAGACCUAGAAGAUUUUAUACAUUUAAUUCCUGCCAAGCUAAAGUAUCGUCCGAUAACUGGAUUCAAAUCCACUGAAUGAUUUUAUGUAAUUUUUAAAUAUUUCUAUUUCUGUAGCACUGCAUUUUGUCUGAAAAAAAAUUGUACAUUUUAUAUUUUUAUUCUGUACAUUUUAUAUCUUAUUUUGUCAAAGUUUAAAGCUUUACAUUUCAGGCGGCGCUGGCUUAUUACAAUUGAAAAUUUGCAUACUUUCUUUUUUUUUUUUUUGUCUGUUUUUAUACAAUGUGUUAAUGGUGUUAGAUUGUUGUAAGUCAGGCUGAAUAAACAUGCUAGCCCCCUUUCUUAAUAUAGGUCUUAUAUAUGUGGUUUAUAAUAAAAAGUGACGGAGUGAUUCGAAUUCAAGGUAGUGCUCAACUUGCUUAUUCUCCUUUUGUGGAUAUUGUAUUAAAGUCUUUGAUUUUACGUUCGGACUAUAUAUCCAAAACUCAUAUUCAAGUCUUAAAUCUGGAUUCUAAUCCGAAUGUCUAGUUUGUAGUCGAUGUAAUGAUUCUUGAUUUGUGCAUUUUUGUGGUCGGGAAGUUAAUAUGCAUAACUGUUUUAAGGAUCUAAUGCGUUCAAGCUUCUGUACAAUUGUUAAACAUUUUUGAUGCACCUUUUUUUUUUUAAAAAAAAUAUUUAAAUUUGUCUGAUCAAUAUCCUUAACCAUGUGGGGUUAUUUAAAAAAAAAUAUGUAUUGUAGUGCAUCUCAGUUCGUUCUUGGGGGGGGGGGGUUAUUUCAGUCAUUAUUCGUAACAUGCCUCUGUUUUAUAAUGGUGAAACAGAGCAACAAGAAUGUCCAUGUAGAAGGGAAUGUAUCAUUUAAAUGUGGUUCACUAAAUUUUGUAAACCAAGAUUUUAGAGCGUGCAGUUUUCAGUAUUUUUUUUUUCUACUGCAUCUGCCAUGAAUUUUUUAACGACUGGGAUGGUAACUUUUUUUUUUUAUCUGUUGCAGUUUAAAUAGGCACUUAACACUCUCUGAGUGAGCUUACUAGUCAUGCCGUAGCAUAAAGCAGAACUGGGAGAAAGUGGAUUCUGAAUUUUGCAUGUCUGGUAUAUAUCUCUGAAGGCAAUAGAUGUUAAAACUCAAAGUAGUCUUCCAUGAACAAUAACAAUGUGCCCUCUGAAAUAAAGCUGUAACAAGAUUGUCCUAUACCUUUAGGGCAACAUAUCUAAAACACGGGUAAAUAUUCCUCUGAACACAAAUAAAUUUGGAUUGUUUUUGA